AUGAAAAUGAUUCAACAAACAAUUCCAACAAUUUAUCAACAAAAAAAUGAAGUUGACGAUGAUAUAUUUAAUAAUGACAUAAUCGACGAAGAAAACCAUGAUGAAGAACAAUUUCGAAUUCAGUCAUCUGAAAAUGACAAAAAAUUAAUGCUUGUUCAUACACGAAUUGAUUAUCAAUAUCGCUCAGACAUUCUCAUCAACAUAUGUUUAUAUGAAUUUGUCAGUACACUAUAUAAGAAGAAAAUGAAUGCAUCAGACAUGAAAUAUUUAUCGAAGCCCAUCGCAUUAGAAGAAGAAGAAGCUAAUCGAAAAGGUCGACCGCCGAAUGAGCGUUAUCCUUUUCAAAAACAGCAUUCACAGGUAGCAACAGAUUUAAUGAUGAGAUACAGUGAACCACAUGUGCCAGUUCUUUAUGGUCCUCAAAUUCCUCGACGAGAUCGUGAUGAUACUCGAGAACGAUAUUGUCGAGCUUUUCUUACUCUUUUUGUGCCUUUGCGGACCUUAUCUGCCAUUUGCGACGUCAACCAAACGUGGAAAGGUGCAUUUAAAUCUCGGCAACAUCGAAUUUCAACUUAUUUAUGGAAAAUAAUAGAGAAUAUACAACUCUUACAUGAAUGUAAAAAGGAUCGAAACGAACAUUUACUUCAAAUUAUUUCUGAAGCUCAAACCGAGAAUGAUACGAUAGAUCCUGUACUUUUACUAGCGAAUCAAGAUGUCAAUGACGAAUUUGAUGAUAUGGACAACAAUGAAGAUUUGCUUGAGCUGCUAGGUAAGCUAGAUGAAUACACUAUUGCUUUAGCCGUUGCCGCCAAAAAAUCAACAGAAAAAAUAUAUAUCGAAGAAACAAUCGAAGCAGUACAGAAUGUCGGACGAUUUACUCGCACAGAUACACACAGAGAACCUAUAUUGAAUGAAGUUAUCGAUCAUACGAAUCGACAAAUUGUAUCAUUUGUUUCUGCAACGUCAAAUCUUAUUCGACUCAAUACAAAAUGGCAACAACAGCUAAAGGCCGAGAAAGAACGAAUAAGACGAAGUCUGAUUACAGGUAACUAUGAUAAUUCUGAUGAUACGUUGGAAUAUGAUUCUGUAAUCGAUGCAAUUGUAACUUUAAUAAAUCCAAAUAAUUAUAAUUCAAACACGUUUGAGAACUACAGUUCUAUUCCUCCAGUCAUUUCACUCACCACAAGUUAUUCUACUCAAAAAAGCAUUGCUGAUGAAUACACAUUAAAUAGAGAACAACGAGCUGCAUUUAUGAUAAUAACAAGUCAUCUUGAUGGCGAUAAACGAUGUCGUACAAGUAUGUUUACAUUACAAGUACUCAUAAUCCGAAAUAUUAUGUUCAUAGGUGGCAAUGAUGGUCAACUGAUAAUGUGUAUACCUGGAUGUGGAGGCACAGGCAAUCGCAACUAA